AUGGAACCCCAGAAUAAACGCAUGCGUCUCGGUACGAGAAGCUGCACCGAGUGUCGACGUCGAAAAACAGGAUGUGUUUUUGAUGAACGCCAUGAUGAAUGUCGCCAAUGCAUAGCGCACUCACUGGUCUGCCAGUCGCAAAAUGCAUCGUCACCACCACUGGAAGACAAGGAUCUGAUAAUACAGGACCUGACCCAGUUUGUCGGCCAAGUCGAGUCGCGAAUGAUCAACAUGCAGGCUGCAAUUGAUACACUGAGUCACAAACUCGAUUCGCAGGCCAAACACAAUGGCGUUGUUAAAGAUGAUGAGCCUCCCCAGCGCGAGACAGACACACAGCUCAGAACACCACCGAUAUUGGAGUACUACAGAUGUAGGGAAAAGAACCUCAAAACACAGAACCGUCCAGAGCCACCAGAUCCAGAGCUCAGCUUAGCAGUUGACGACAUUCUACCCAACCGACCAACUUUGGUGAAAAUUCUUGGGUAUACUGCGGAAUUCUGGCUGACAUGGCCUCUUACAACAAAGAAACCGUCGCAUGCAAUCAGAUCAAGAGGCAUUCUAUCUCAUGUCUCAACGGAUGACUUUGUUGAAUUACUCGAAAGCGUCGACUCUGCGGUGUCUUUUAUUGAUCUGUCACUUCGAUCAGUAGACUUUGGUGUUGUCUCAAGAUGUAUGGUCUGGCUCUGCCUUUGCUAUCAUCAACUGCCAAAGAAUUUCAGCGAUGCCCACACGAACUUGCCAUUCUGUUCCGAGGAGAAAAUCAAGACAUAUCUUCGCCAAGUCGAAAUCUUUUACCAAGAGAGAGCAGUACCAGUUUGCAAACUCUCGUUCAUUGAAGCGCUAGCUCUUCGAUCCGAGCUUUUCCUUGCCAUGGGCCGUCCCAGCAAAGCAUGGCAGAGCACUCGAGCUGCUGUCGAUUCUGCCAUUCUGCUGGGGAUCCACCUUCAUCGCAGAUCUGACCGCGAACAAGAAGUAUGGGAAACCCUCUGGAUACAGGAUAGACGUAUAUCCCUAUUUCUUGGACUACCAUAUUCUGUCCCUGAACAUCUCACUUAUGACUUUGCGAUAGGACGGAACUCGACAAAGGAGGGAUAUGUCCUCCGAAAGCUUGCCACAAUAUCUGGACACAUCAGUGAUCGAGACAUGCUAGCAGGACUUGCCCAUUACUCUGCCACAGAGCGACUUAUUGAAGAGAUGAAGGAGCUUAACGACCUGAUACCAAGUCAAUGGGGCACCAAAUGUGAUUUUGAGUCGGCUUCUUCGUUCGCCGACGCUUUUCUCCAUGGCACCAUCAAGCUUUCAUACUUCUUUACCAAGCAGAGGGUGCACCUACCGUUUGCGCAACUCUCAGACAAGGAUAACAGAAAGAAAGACAACAGGAUGGCUGGCUUUGCCGCAGCUGAAGGAGCAAUCGCCACUUACCAAACAAUGCGGUCUUUGCAAACCACCCCAUCAAAGAACGAAUUCUUGGACUUUCAGGGUUUCAGUGCAGCCCUUAUACUUUGUUCUGACUUGCUUUCAGAAACGUCGAGCUCUCGCUCGUUAAAAAAACAUCAAGAACGCUGGAAAGCGGUCAUGGAUUUGACGAAAACGAUGAGAAGAAUGAGCGAGAUGCUAGACUGCGCUGUGGCUAAACAAGCUACCGACGUGCUUGAGAAGCUCGAAGCAGCAUGUAACGGGUCAUCUGCUGACUCUGAACCAUACGCAGUAACCAUACCGUACUUUGGGAAAAUGAAGAUUUUCUCACUUGCUCCGAAGGCACUUCGUGAUGUACCCCAAAGUCAGGGCUCAGAGAACGAUAAGCUGUACAUUGAGCUGGUAACUAAUGCGUUUACAUACCCUUGUUCGAAGCAGUGCCUGACGGAGGCGGAGAUGCUGGAGGAUUGGAUUGCGGACUUUCCGCAUGACUUUACAUGGUAUUGGACGGGUCUAUAUGAGAUCUAG